UUGAGUAUUGCAUUUCCACUUUUAUUUUAUUGGAUUAUCGGUCAGCUCUUAAGCCAGGUCUUCGAUUUCUGGUCUGAGGCGAUUGAGUGUGCUGCUGAUAAGCGAAGUAAAGUUGCCUUUGGGAUUUCUGAAUCCGUUAGCUCGCCUUUCGCCGCUGUGGUUUCACCUUUCUCGUCAGCCGGCGUUUGUACUGUUCAGCCAGUGAACCAGACCAUUCUUAGUCUGCCACUUCACCUAACCUCUACAACAGCAUCUUCUGGCACUGUUUCCUCUUCUCGCAUGAGUGAGGCUCGUGUCUACCAUUCGCGUUGCCUUCUUCGCAGAGCCCUGACUUUAUGGCGAGCUGGAGUCACAGAGGAGGUCAGGAAAAAGUCCAUCAUACGACUCGGAGCUGGCUUCAGCCGCCGCAUCGACAUCCGGCUAACUAGACAAGCAUUUUGCCUAUGGCAUGGACUGCUGAUGGAUGUAAAUAUUGCUGAACAUCAUUCUAGGUAG